UAUCUCUACACUUUCCUUACACCCACUCUACCUGGUUCUAGUCCUUUGAGUAUAUAUACAUCAAAGUUCUAGUCUAAUUAUUUUACAUACAGCAGUGUAGUGUAGCAUUUUACGCUUAUUAUAAUGGAAGUAAAAGAACAGAACGUAAAUACCACCACGCAACAUAAUUUGGAGCAAAAAAUAAUUUCUCUUGCACGAGAGAGACCUAAGGGUAUUUCUGACAAAGAUUUAGCUGCCGAAAUACCUGAUUCAAUUAAACGAGCUCAAAUAAUAAAUAAACUUCUAUCUCAAGGGUACUUUGAUCUUUUUAAACAAGGAAGCUUAUUGUAUUAUCGCUUCAAAGAUCCAACAAAACUUGCUAAAUGUGCUGAUAAUGAAGAAAAGCGAGUAUAUGAAAUUAUCGAAGAAGCAGGAAAUAAAGGAAUAUGGAUGCGAGAUAUAAGAUUUAAAACUAACUUGAUUCAUACUCAACAAUUGCAAAAGAUUUUAAAAAGUUUAGAAACUAAAAAGUUGAUUAAAGUUAUUAAACCUGUAUCAGCGGGUAAGAAGAAAAUGUAUAUGCUGUACAAUUUAGAAGCAGAUGAGUCUGUAACAGGUGGUGCCUGGUAUCAAGAUCAAGAUUUUGAAACGGAAUUUGUUGAUGUGCUGAAUCAGCAAUGCUAUCGAUUUUUGGAGCAAAAGAAGGAAAAGGUGAAAAACUGUAACACUGGACCUAUUGCUGCAAGAAAUAUGACGUUUGCUUCUUCUGAGGAAGUGUGGAAAUUUAUUUCAGAUUUAGGAAUAAGCAAGGUCACAUUAUCUAUAACUAACAUGGAAAUGAUUUUAAAUACAUUAGUUUAUGAUGGUAAGGUUGAACGGACAUUCACAGGAGAAGGAAAUAAUUUAUACAGAGCGAUUCAACCUUUACUGAAUCCACCUGGAUUAAUUAGAACCCCUUGUGGCCUGUGUCCAGUGAAAAAAAAAUGUCAUGACGAAGGUCCCAUUACACCUAUCAAAUGUCAAUAUAUUAAAGACUGGCUUGAAUAAAUAUUACCAAAGUAUUCAAAUAUUAAUAAUAUGUAUUUAAUUUCUGUUAGUGUAUUUAAGCUUCUCAUCAAGCAAAUAAAAAGCUUUCCGUACAGCACACAGUAGAUUGAAACAUAAAAACCGAGCACAAGAUAUCGCGCUUUUUUGAAAAUUGUGUAUAUCUAGAUAUUAAAUAUAUUUAAAAUGAUUA